AUGCAGUGCGUCGUCCUCUCGUCCACUUGCGGCGGCUCAUUGGCGGCCGACGCGUCGCGCGGCGCACGGCCUCGAGCGCUGUCCGGUCGGACGCGGCCUACCAGUGGAUCCCUCACGACGGCCCGGCGGCGCUUUGGGCUAUGGACGCGGGAGCGUAGACGUUCGUGUGUGACGUGUGGGCCGCCGCCGUCGCUGGCAGUAGCGGCCUCCACUGGCUCUCAAUGCGCGGGGCCUCUUGUGCUGUCGGCCACGCGCAACUCGGACCGCUGGAAGAGCAGCUGCUGCGGCGAAGCGACGCUGUCACGAGACGCGAAUACGGAUGUGCGCAUGUCGCAGGAGAAGAUACUGUCAGGGGUCCGCAACUACCACGAGCCGUCAUUUCGGUCGGCCGCCACGUCGACGUACUCGAUUGCGAAUCGAGCGGCGGAGCCUGUUGAGACUCCAGACGUGUGCAGGUACAAGAAGUUGGGCAGUGACCUGUUUUGCGCGUUGUACUUUGACUCGGGCUAUGGAUACUGUAUCCGGAACGUGCCGUUUAUGUCGUGGGCCAUGUACACCAUGAUGGUUUUCAGCGAGUGUCUCACUUUGUUUUUGGGACUGCUGUCCGACUUCAGUAUGUGGCGUCCGACUCGUGGUGGUGUGCGGUGCACGAACGACUUCAAGCCGCCCAUUCUCAAGGAACAGCGGCCGACGGUCGGCAUCUUUUUGUAUCACUACGUGGAACCGGUCGCGGGUUUGAUGCAGACAGUGAAGAUCUGUCUUUCGCUGCAGUAUGCACCCGAGCUCGUCCACGUGUUUGUGCUGAAUGACGGCAACACUGGGUCUGCGUGGGACGCGAACGACCACUUGAAGGUGACGAUGAACAGCAAUGUGAUUGAGAUAUGUGGUGACUUGCGCGGCAAUCUUGCGCGACUCGUGCACGAGCGUGUGGUGGACCUGAUCAAGACGACCAAAGCUUGA